AUGGCCGUGGUGUUCUCUUACGAGAGCUUGGUCCACGCUGUGGCGGGGGCUGUGGUGAGUUUGACUACUGCAGCGGAGGUGGUGCGUUAGUGGGGGUUCCACGGCUGGGCUUCGGGGGCUGCUGGGCUCACUCGCCUCUCGCGCAAUACUAGCCUAGGUGCUAAACUGCACCUGGUCGCCUGGGGAUGAGUAUUCGGGGCAGAGAUCCCCCCCCCCGCACUCGCACUAAUUUCUUUUUUAGCGGGUGCCUCUCAACUAGUCCAUGCCGCUCCGAGUGAAUACAAACGGCCACUGUAUGAUUUUGCGUGGCCCCAGUUAGUAUAGUCGUCGUCGGUGCUAAAUGAGAAUGGGGAGGAUUUUACCGCUUCUGUAUUCGUCUCCCUCACGGUUUUUGGGGUGUGUGUAUUGCUAUGAUCGUUAGUGUUACGGUGUGGUUAUGGGGUAAUUCUCCUCGCCCCUGGAAUAGGAUGCUACAGGUGAACUGUCCUAUCGGGUGCACGUUCUGUUGUUAAGCUAUCACUUUGAUUGCCUAUACUCGCCUGCCAGGGUUUUCUGCUUGGGAUUAAAAUACUUGCCUGGGGACAAUCAAAUGUCCAAACUUGCUGUUGAGCUGCCGAAGCAAAAUCAAAGAGGGACAGUGUUCAGAAAGUGUAAAAGGGUUGGGGAAUUGUCCUUUAUGUUCCUACAGGAUCGAUAUUUGUAGUAACCUAGAAAUAGGUUGCUUAUACCCAAUCACUCUGUGCUGUAUUGGGAUGCCAGGAUUAUCUUUUUUUUCUAUCUUCCCUGCUUUUUCUUGUUCCACAACUGUCCAAAUGGUAAAUAUUUUCUUUGAUACUAGUGACUUUGAGGCUGGAGUGCUGUUGGAUGCAGCCGGCAAACCUGACUCAGGUCAACUGCACAGAUCUCUCAUACAAGAGCAGGGCAGGUUACAACAAUUUAAAAUUCAAUAUUAAAAACAGAUAAAACAAAUGAAAAUUUUUUACAAAUACAUAUCCAUAAAAUGAGAUUCUCUGAAUCUCACAACUUCCCCUCAUCCCCUCCAUGGGUCUUAUUGUCCACAUUUCCAGCUACAUGUUAUUUCAUAGUCUGUGUUUUGUAUCUAUCCAUAUUGUCGCAAUAAUAGGUUGGUUCCUGAAAACAUACACCUCUGGUAACAAAGCCCAAGGUAAAAAGGUGUGCCUUUAACAUUUGCCAAAAACUGCCCCACAUAGAGUGCAUUCCAGUAAUCACAUGCGGAAGUUGCCAGAGUAUGGAGUGCCAUGACCAAGUGCUCUCUGUUAAAAAGGACCAUAGCUGGCAAACAAGAUGGAGCUGGAAGUAGACAUACCUAGCCACCUGGCUCUCAAGUGACAAUCCAAGAGUACCCCCAGGUUACAAACCUCCUUCCAUAGGAGUGCAACCCUGUCAAGAGCAGGUCAUCUUUUCACCUCCUGGACUUAAGAAUUGAAACACAUAACACCUCUGUUUUUUCUGGAGUCAGUUUUGAUUUGUUGGCCCACAUUCCGCCCAUCACUGCCCUCAAACACCCAUCUAGUACCUUGGCCACCUCUACUGAUUCAGAGUUAACAAGGAGAUAGAACUGGGUGUCAUCUGCAUAUGGGUAACACUUCACUCCAAAACUAUUGAAGACAGUUCAUAUAAAUGUUAAAUAGAAUGGGGGGAAAGAUGUGAUCCUGGGGCACACCACAACAAAGCUUCCAUAAGUUAUUCCCCCACAACUGCUUUCUGCAAAUAGCCUGGAGACAGAGGCAGAAUCACUGAAGUACAGUGCCCCAGCCCCCACCUUCUUGAGCCACUUCAAAAGAAUACCGUCAUUAAUGGUGUUGCAAGCCACCAAGCCCAAUAAAAAAGAGCAGGGUUGCGCUCCCUCACAUCUCUCAAUGCAAGGUCACCUUCUCAGUGAAGGGUGCUUAGAGCUUAAGCUGGGGGUAGAUGUAAAUAUCCCCCCACUCCCAGCCUGAUAGCCCCUUGGUCAGCAUUGUUGGCUCACUCAACAGCAGGCUCUAUCUAGCUUCUAGGCAUACUGUUUUAUGUUUCCUGUCCUGUGCUCUUUUUGGGGAGGAUGGAUGAGAUACAAAAAUCACAGAUUCAUAAAUAUAAACAAGUUAUAAAGCAAUGGUCCCAAUACACAUGCAAGAGGGACAUGGGCAUGGCAGGGGGGCAGCUGGCCUCCCCAAUUAAGUAAGUAAAUAAGAAUACUUAACCAACUGACUAAUUGCAUCACAGAUAACUUGGAUCUGCUCCCCAACCAGUGUUAGAAGCUGGGAUAGAAAAGCUAGGAGCCAAAUGGCUCUUGGGACCUGGGUUAAGGGCACCAAAACAGAAUGUCUAGUCACCAUUUUGGGGGGAGGGGGUUGCCCACACUUUUUAUUAUUUUCAUAAGCAUGAACUAAUACAGAGUUCACAUUAGUGACACAUUGUUAAUAUCACAUUUUUAACAUGUUUAAUUUUGUGUUUACAAGAAAAAUAUUGGUACCAAGCUUCAGUUUUCAAAGCACUCUACUUUUGUUAAACGCCUUAACAUACAGUGGUGCCUCGCAAGACGAAAUGAAUUCGUUCCGCGAGUUUUGUCGUCUUGCGAUUUUUUUCGUCUUGCGAAGCACGGUGUCGGGAAAGUUUAGGAAAAGCUUCAAAGAUCACCAAAGUCUUUAAAAACCUCAAAAAAGGCUACCACACUGCGUUCUAUGAGUUGCUCCUCAAAGUCAAGCCGCAACUGUAUUAACGGUGUUAAGAAAAAGGAAACAAACUUGCAAGACGUUUCCGUCUUGCGAAGCAAGCCCAUAGGGAAAAUCGUCUUGCGAAGCAGCUCAAAAAACAAAAAACCCUUUCGUCUAGCGAGUUUUUUGUCUUGUGAGGCAUUCGUCUUGCGAGGUACCACUGUAUUGUCUAUCCUUAACAUAUACUUCGUGGCUUCAAAACACAUACAUUUCAGUAAUCCUUGAGUGUAAGCCAGGCACAAAAAAUGGCACCUAGACUUUUUGAGGUGCUCACAAAUGGAAACUCUUUAGGCGCAAAAUGCACCUGGCACCCUGCUAAUUUUGAAUCCUGUCCCCAACGUAAAACCUUCCCCCCCCCCAAUAAAUCCUGGCUACGCCAUUUCUUACAUCUUUCCAUUGUGAGAACUGGCAAUUUAUUCCUGCAUGCUGCUUCCUACUUAACCGAUUAAAAAGUCUCUCGCAGAAAUUGCUACUUGUCUUGAAAUUAUCUUCACAGCCACAAAGGCUAUACAUUCUUUGAGAAAUGUGAUCCUCAGGAUUCUAGCAGACACCAGAGUCUUUAUUGAAAACCAGAUACUGUAGUUCUUGGAACUGAGCAGAUUUCCCCCCUGUACUUUGUCCAUAACAUUCUGUUAUCACUGGGUUAGGAUACAUUUGUAAAUAAUAAACUUUGUGGGACGACUUGUCCUCAAUAUACAGCUUAAUACUUUUACAUUGAUGCCUGCAGCCUUAGUACUGAGAGGAUCAAUUAGUUUGUGUAACUUGUUGAAGGUGCAGUCAAUCAUUACUAGUCUUCAUCUACCCAUCCCACUAAUACAUUGUUCAGACUUGUAAAGGUGGAGCAGCAAUUGGAGUGAAGUUGAGCUGUUUUAUUUGCCCACUGACGAGGCUUUCAGAGCAACAUUUUAAUUUCUUUAAAGACUUUAUAGGAUUUAAAACACAAAUUUCAAGCCCUUCCCUAACCAUUUCUGAGAAGUCUUGAUAAUUCAUAAAGAAAUUAGGGUACUUUCUGCUCCAAACAGCUGCUGCUUAGAUAUGUGUUAAAUGCAAAUUGUUGUUGUUUAGUUGGGGGUGGGGCUGCCCCUAAGUCCUUUCCACAUGAGAAGGAUCUGAAUUUUUGAAGAAUAUAACUUGGGAGUGCCAUAACAUGCAUAUGGAGCCUAACCUAAACAAAUAAAGAAAACACAUUUACAAAUGGUUCCCACUUGCCUGCAUUAAGGCUACUUUUAGAACCAAGUGCAGGGGAAAGCUGGCUGUGCCCUCCAGAUGUUUUGGGCUCCAUUCAACUCCAGGCCAGCAUGACCAGUGGUCAGGGAUGAUGAGAAUUGUAAUUCAAAGUGAAAGUAAAACUCAUAGUUAUCAAAUGGAAUUUUCUUUUCCUUGUCAAUUUUUAAAGACUUCAACUGUUUAUCUUGCAAAAACCUGCAUUUUUAACAAGAAGUUCAUUCAAAUACAGAAAUACUUCAAGGCUUGUUUGUGCAGAUAUUUGUUAAUCAUUGUUCUAGCUUUAUUACAGAUUUGUAAAAAAACCCCAUGUGGUACAGUAAAGUUAACUUUAUUUUUAAACUUUUUAGGGUAGCAUGACUGCAAUGACUGUGUUUUUCCCCCUGGAUACAGCUAGACUAAGACUUCAAGGUAAGCAAAGAUGUACUAAGUAAUCUAAGAAAUAAAGAUAUUCAUCUGGGCCCAUAAGAAAAUGUCAAAAUCCAUAUUCGGACAAUGCCUUCAUUAGGUCAACAAUAAUAGUGUGGAAUAUUUCUUCAGAACUUUUAACCAGGCUAGAUAGUAAAAGUAGAGUGGAGGGAGCUAACGAAGUUGGCUUAUAGAAUCUAUGUCUGGUCAGUCUUGAAAUGAUGUGUAGGAUGAGAAACCAGAUAGUCAGAUGAAGCUCUGAUAGGUUCUCUGCAGGUUUCUUUUUUUUUUUUAAAUAAUAUUUAUUAAGAUUUCAAAAGAAAAAUAUCACAUUAAUAAGAAAAUUAACAAUAAAAAGGAAAAAUACAAAAUACAAAAUACAAAAAAGAAAAAACAGUUAAAAACAAUUCCAUCUUUUCAUCACUUCUUUUACAUUUACUUGUUUCCUGGACCUCCUCAUACCUCCCUCCUUUGUAUUCCAAUUCAAUAUGUUAGUCCAGCAAUUCCUUUCCCUCCUUUUUAAUCCUGAUCUUUAAUCUUGAUAUAGUAUAACAUUAAAUUUUUACAUAUUAAAAACCAAUUUUUCCAUAUUUUUUUAUACCAUUACCGCUAGAAACCGCUUAACUUCAAUCCGUCAUCAUUCUAACAUUCAUUAAUUUUACAAUAUUUCUGUAAGUAGUCUUUAAAUUUCUUCCAAUCUUCUUCCACCGACUCUUCUCCCUGGUCUCGGAUUCUACCAGUCAUUUCCGCCAAUUCCAUAUAGUCCAUCAUUUUCAUCUGCCAUUCCUCCAGUGUGGGUAGAUCUUGUGUCUUCCAAUGCUUUGCAAUAAGUAUUCUUGCUGCUGUUGUAGCAUACAUAAAGAAAGUUCUGUCCUUCUUUAACACUGAUUGGCCGACUAUGCCCAGGAGAAAGGCCUCUGGUUUCUUCAAGAAGGUAUAUUUAAAUACCUUUUUUAAUUCAUUAUAAAUCAUCUCCCAGAAAACCUUAAUCCUUGGGCACGUCCACCAAAGGUGAAAGAAUGUACCUUCAGUUUCUUUACAUUUCCAACAUUUGUUAUCGGGCAAAUGGUAGAUUUUUGCAAGCUUGACUGGGGUUAUGUACCACCUGUAUAUCAUUUUCAUAAUAUUCUCUCUUAGGGCAUUACAUGCCGUAAACUUCAUACCUGUGGUCCACAACUGUUCCCAGUCAGCCAUCAUUAUAUUAUGUCCAACGUCUUGUGCCCAUUUAAUCAUAGCAGAUUUCACCGUUUCAUCCUGAGUAUUCCAUUUCAACAGCAAGUUAUACAUCUUUGACACAAUCUUAGUUUUGGGUUCUAACAAUUCUGUUUCUAAUUUUGAUUUUUCCACCUGGAAGCCAAUUUUCUUGUCCAAAUUGUAUGCCUUCAUUAUCUGAUAAUAAUGAAGCCAGUCUCGCACUUUGUUUUUUAGUUUUUCAAAACUCUGCAGUUUCAAUCUAUCUCCAUCUUGUUCCAAAAUUUCCCAAUAUUUCGGCCAUUUGACCUCCAUAUUGAGCUUUUUCAGAGCUUUCACUUCCAUCGGUGACUGUUCUCUGCAGGUUUCAGACUGCACCUUCAAAGCGUCUUGAGACUGGCCAGAUGCAUCCUCCUUGACUUCACCAACAACCAACUUUUUUUGCCCCUCUCGCAUGUACUCUAUUGACUAUCUAACCCAGUGAUGAACAGUUGGAUCUUCCCCACCCCAUACAUGCCAUCUUUUGAUGGGUGGGUGGGAGCAUAAUGAUGUCAGGUGACAUCACUGUCAAAGUUCCAAGGAGGUUACUGUAAUUGCCAGUCAGUGGAUUAUGGAUUAUUAUUGCAACAACCUCCUUUGAAGAUGCACUUUCAGUGCCAAUCAGCUGAUACGAAGUUCUGAGGAACUCAAAAGUUUGCACACUAUUUUGUGAUGUUCUGCUUGCACUAAUCAAUGUAUUGCCCUAAUAUUCAAAUAUAUGUUAUGUUUACCCUUUGCGUAUAAUGUCUUAUUGUUUUCCAGUUGAUGAAAAACGCAAAUCUAAAAGAACACACAAAGUUCUCUUGGAGAUAAUAAAAGAAGAGGGCAUGUAAGUAUAGAACCUUGUAACAAGCAGUAUGUGAAUAUUCACAAAUGUUGAGCAUUCAUCAUGUCUUUGUCCCUCUACUUCACAUAUUGUAGUUUCUUAAUUUGCCCAAUAUUUGAGGGGUAUUGAGUUUCACACUAAAAUGUAUGAGCUCCUUUGCAACGAAGCUUUAAAAAAACAGAGUGCAAUCUUUUUUAGUCACAAAGGCUUAAGUCUUUUUGGGUCAUCUUAAGGCAAACUCCUUCAUUAGAAAGGGGAGAGUCCAGUGAUUAAUAUCAGGCCUUUCUAUAGCCUCUGUAACUCUUGUUGCACAUAAAACGUGUAGAAACCAAGGGCAUGCUUUUGAAAACCAGUCCUUUCAAAUACUAAUUAGAAACUUGGUGCCACAGAGUGUAAUUUGGAAGUGGGAGGAGGGAGUCCAAUCCUUGUCCUUUUGUGACCUAAUAAAAAUGACUGGUUGAAAAAUGGGAAUUACUUAGAAAGUACAGUACAAGCAAGUUGAUGUCAUAUUUGUAUUGUAAUUCAAAACACUGUAAAAACAAGGGAUCGACUAUUCCCAUUGCAUGAAAUACUUCUGCAAUACCGUUCCAUCCUUUGGAAAGGGCUGAAACACCUGUCAGAACCAGUUCCCCCAACCAGCCAGAUGCUUCUGGACACAUGCAGGCAUCUUUAAGGCCCUCAGUGUGAACUGAAUAAUUUUCUUAAUUAUUAUAAGCAACAGUUGUAGUAACUGUCAGUUUAACAAACAUGCAUAAUAUGACAAGGAACUAUUUCUGCUAGGGAACCUUGGGACACUGGUACUGUUGUUUCUUCCCAUCCUGUCCAUCAGUAAAACGUCUCUAGUUAUUUGCACAUUUAUUCAGAAGUAUAUUCUGAAUUCAUUUAAAGUUAUUCCCAAGUAAGUUUGUGUAGGAUUCCGAUUGUUAAAAUAUACUUUGUUGUACCUGCUUAUAAAUACUUAUUUUAUUUUGUAGGCAAACACUAUGACUUCCCAGGUUCUGGAUUAGGCUGCAGAUGCUGUUGCUUUAUUUCUUGCUUAUUUGGUGAUUGCAUGAUAGUUACUUUUUGCUUUUAUUGCUUGUUCCUUAGCCUGGCACCAUAUCGAGGGUGGUUUCCUGUCAUCUCCAGCCUUUGUUGUUCCAACUUCGUCUAUUUUUAUACAUUUAACAGUUUAAAAGCUGUUUGGGUCAAAGGACAUCAUUCAACCACAGGAAAAGACUUGAUUCUUGGGGUGGUUGCAGGUAAUAGAAUCCUAUCAGUUGUGCUACAAAUCUGCUAAGAUUUUAAGGGGUUGAACCAAUUUAUUACAUUCCAUGCAUGCACUUUUUAUGCUACCUAUGCUACCUUAUUAUUAUAAUUUAUAUUACUCAAAUGCAUGCAACUUGUAGUGGAUAGAAAAACAUAGGUAAAAUCUAAACUUGACGCACAGCCUCUUGAAGCAUUACUUUUAAAAAAUAAUUCGGCAUUUCUGAUCUUCAUUAAGAAGUACAUGAUUCCAUGACCUAGAUGAAUGUGGGAGGCUUGCGUCAAUCCAGGGAAGUUAUUUGUGAGCACUAAGGUGUGUACCUGUUAUGAAAAUAAACUUGCUUUUCCUGCUUGCUUAAGCAAUUUGUGUGUUUCCUCACAAGGCAUUCUGCCAGCUAUUAGUAUGGUGCAGAAAUUAGAGCAAAAUCCUCAGUAUAAGAUUUCAGAAUGUGUGUCUUCUGGGGUUUUUUGGGGGGGUGGGGGGCAUUGUAUUUUUCUAUAUAUCUUAAUUAUUUUGUACAUUGGAUCAUUUUUGUACAUGAAGAUUAAACCUGCUUUUUAAAAUGUUAGGGCUCUUUUUACUCAACUUUUUGUUUGUGUUGUCUUAGGUAUUGUGAAUGUAUUGUUGACUACUCCACUCUGGGUAGUGAAUACACGUCUGAAACUCCAGGGGGCCAAAUUCAGAAAUGAAGACAUUGUGCCGACUAACUACAAAGGCGUUGCAGGUAGGCAUUUGUUGUCAUUUCUGUUAGUUUGCAUUGGUACUUUUUAGUAGAUUUGUGGACUGAAGGCUUUCAUUUACAAAAUGGAUGCUAUGGGCAGCUCUUGCUGUUCAGUUUAUAGAUACAAGCCCUUUUAAAACAGUGAUCUAUCAGGAAAGACAUAUAACAGUAAGAAAGUUUAUAGUGUAUUACUCUGAGAUGGGAUGAGUCUAACUGUAACUGAAAUUAAACAUGUGUGCCAGCAUAUCCAACACUGACUCAGCCAUCACUCUUUUCUGUUCUCCUAUGCUCAAUCCAGUCUCUCCCCUUUUAAAAAUGAAAUCAGAAAGUGCCACAUAAAUAUUAAUCCAUUUAAUAGUCAUCUUUUUUUUUUAAUGAAAUGGGGUUGGUUUCCAACAAUGUGAUCCCAGUAGCACAAUGACUUCAUCUUCUCUGUGUAUGCAGUCAAAGGCCCCCAAAUAAGUCCUGGGGUUUCCCCCAACUCUCUGGAGAAGAUUUGGGGAGGAGUGUGGGGAGAGGACAGGGAGUGGACUUUCCUUUAGCACAGGCAGAAGGCCUUGUGCUAACUGGACAAUCAGGAUACAGCCCUGAUAGUUUAAAUUGCAAAACAGCUUAGAAAUGGGAGGGAGGUUUCUUGGUGGUAUUUUAUUGGUGGGAAAACUGCCAAUCAGUAUUGGAAUCAGGACUCCUAGAUUACCUGUUGUUCUGCCCAGAGUUUUUGAAGGUAUCGUUGCCAUGAUUACAUUACAAAACACGUUCCAUUACAAAACAUGUCCUGGGUGAACUAAGUGAUUGCUGCGUGUGAUAAAAAUGCUCACCCUAGUAUCUUAUCAUUUCACUUACCGUAUUUUUCGCCCUAUAGGAUGCACCUAGAUUUUGGGAGGGGAAAUAAAGGGGGGGAAAUAUUCCCCCCCCCCCAGGCACGGGGCGGGGGUCGGGGGAAGCCCGAGCUUCCCCCGACCCCAGCCCCCAGAACAGGCUGCCGCCCGCAAGCCUUGCAAGCCCAGCGGGACCUCCCGCCGGGCGCGCAAGGCUUGGGGACAUCUGCCCGAAGCACGGGGCGUGCUCCGCAGUGCGCCCUGUGCUUCGGGCUGCAGGCUGCUGCCUGCAAGCCUUGAGAGCCCGGCGGGCACUCCCGCCGGGCUCCCAAGGCUUGCGGAUAGCUUCCUGAAGCCUGGAUAGCGAGAGAGGCCGGUGCGCACUGACGCCUCUCGCUCUCCAGGCUUCAGCGAAAGCCUGCAUUCGCCCCAUAGGACGCACACACAUUUCCCCUUCAUUUUUGGAGGGGAAAAAGUGCGUCCUAUAGGGCGAAAAAUACGGUAGUCCCCAUAACUGUGUGAGAAUACAUUAGAGCAACAUCUUGGGGACUGGGAUGGAUUAAGAGAAUGAGCAGAAUAUGUGAAAUGACAUAGCUUAGGGUGCAAGAUUGGGUUCAGCUGCAAGCUUCUGGUACAGAAAGUGAUUGGGAAGAGAGAAUACCAUGUUUACUCUGAUGUAAGUCACAAUUAAUUAAAACAGAACUUACCCAAGUAAGUGUGCAUAGCACUGCCAAUUCCAGUGCAUGUGGCUUGAUAUAUUUAGUUGCUUUACUAUAUCGGACAUCCUUUGCUUUUCGUACCAAGAUAGUUGUAAAAAACAACAAAAUAUAAACAGUUUUUUUGAAGUGAACCUACUCUUGGCUCUCCAGGCAGGCAGUGCAUUUAAAUGCGCAUGGACUGUGUAUGUGUGUUUUCUUCAGGUGGUUUUGCCAAAGGACAAGCUGUGUUACCUUCUUGUACAUACGUGUGUGAGAAGAGUGGGAAGAGAGAGGUAACAAUUGGAUAACUGUUGCAGGCACUAGAUGGUGAAGCUUUGGCAGGGUCUGUGGGGGAAGAGAGGAGAAGCCGAGAGGAAGGGAGAUAGGUAGGUUUUUGGGAAGCCCAGAGGAAGGAAGGCAGGGAAGAAACUGUCCAAAAGGACCUUGUCAUAGUCAGAUCUUGGUCCUGAUGGAUUCCCCCCCCCCCCGUACAUUAAUGAGACCAAUAGAAAAGAAAAGAAAAAUAUUCCUCAUCCCUGGAUUAUAAAUUGAUAGGCAAAAUAUGCAAUUUGUUUCUUACUCUGCACGCAAACUGUUGUUGAAUAUUUAAGAUUCCUGUAUCUUAAAUAUUCUUAAAAGAUUCCUGCUGCUUCUUUAUCCUUCCCCUUAGAUGCCUUUCAUCAGAUAAUAAGAGAUGAAGGAAUCUCAGCUUUGUGGAAUGGUACCUUUCCUUCGCUGCUACUGGUAUUCAAUCCUGCCAUACAGUUCAUGUUCUAUGAAGGGCUUAAGAGGAAGAUUCUGAGGAGGCAACUACAGGUGAGAUUCCAAGGCCUGCAAAGAAUUCAGUUAAACUCUGACUUUAAACGUUGGUCCUAUGAAACCUUUUCCUUUAUUCACUUUGUUAAAUUCCUAUAUUGAUAGAUUUCUUUCUGCAGUCAUAUAACCUUUUCUUUAUUUACACUUACAGCUUUCUUCGCUAGAUGCAUUUGUUAUUGGAGCAAUAGCCAAAGCGAUCGCUACUACCCUCACUUACCCUAUGCAGACAGUACAGUCCAUCUUACGGGUGGGUAUCCAUUGCAACAGAUCACUUUCAUUUUACUGUUUCUUUAUACAGUUGCCUUUGGCCAGUAUUCCAGAACUCAAAUUGACAAACAUCUAUUCCAUCUUAACUUGUUGCUGUGGUUGAAGAGCACACCUUCUCUUAACUAAGUCUAGAAAGCUCCUUAAAUCAUAAUCACUCUAACUGAAUGGGCAAGAAACUGCGGCAAAUGUGAGGUUACACUUCUGAUUGUCAACGAAAGUAUAUUUCUUUCAGGGGAAAUGAGUAACUGUUUUAGUGUCUUGUGUUCCAACUGCAUAGCAUAUGCUCUCCAUAUUGGAUGCUCUGGGCAACUUUUCCUACUUCUUAGAAUACAUACUUAGCACUUAGGCUAGAUUUCCCAGUUGGCUCUCUGCAUAGACAUUGUAUGUUGUUAAGCUGUGGGAAGAGUCUGACAACCCCAUAUUCUUUUGCUUAGAGGACAUCUUUAUUAUACCACUUCUACCACUCCAGCCAUAAUGAAAAUGCAUAAUUUUGAUGGGUAUGGCUUUGUUUGGUCAAUAUUUAACAUAUUUUAGGGUGAGGGGAGACUGCAAGCUGCUCUGACCUGAGCAAGAAAUGUAUUCUUUAGCACUGAACAAUUGGAUAUGGGAGAACGAUUUGAAUAUAGGGAUGGAUCACUGAUUUGAGAUCAGGCAUAGUAAAUAGAAAUUAGGAGAAAAUAAAGCAGGAAAAGUUGCUCAUUGAUUCAUUUUGACUCCUUUUCAGUUUGGACGUCACCACCUGAACCCAGAAAACAGGAGACUAGGCAGCCUUAAGAAUGUUAUCUACCUUCUUCGACAGAGAAUAAAGUAAGCUUUGUCUUUAUUUUAUCCAUAUAUAUCUUAAUAUUGUCCUCUACUGUAUCAACAUCCUGAUAAUCUGCCCUAAAUCCUCUUUAUGAAGACUUUUUGAUCUAGUGUGAGGGAAAUAUUAAGGAAGCCAGGUCAUUUUUUUUCCAAAUAUAAUAGUCACUGCUAAGUUUACCACUUAAUUUAUCUAUUUUUCCCUACUCUGCAUUUGCACUCAACAGGCAUGUUAGGCAGCUUAUAAUGAUAAAACUACAAUGUAACUUGGAGCAGCCUUAUGAUGAAAUGAAGUUGAUGGGUAUUCAUUGUAGUGCUAGGAAAAUCCUUGUACGAGCAGAGUGAUUUCCAGUUGCAUAGCAGGCCUACCCUCCCCCCCCGCAGGCCCGCUAAAUUUGUUUGGGAGGUUCACCCACCCCUCUGGAGCAGAGGUAAUUUUGGAGACUGUUUUCCAGGCACCCCCACCAUCUGAGGUACAGAUAGAGCUUCUCAUUGGUGGCCCCCUGUUGGUGGAAUUCCUUCAACAGAAAGGCUCACCUGAUACUGUAUUAUAUUGGUAUAUAAAAUGUAUUAUACUGGUAUAUAAAACACCCUAGAAGCUUUGAGAACAGAUAGUACAUAAAUAAUUUAAAAAAAUAAACAGGCUUUUCACUUACCAGUAGUUUGAGAUUUGGGGGAAAGCAGCAGAUGAGAGAAGGGUUAAGCAUUCUUCUGUCGGACACUUUUCUCCUGAAAAUCAUGCUCCCCCUGCUGGCACUCUUUUUGAAAAAAGGAGCAGUAGCACCUGGAGGAAGAACGUUUCAAUCCUAGGUAGCUUUAAUAGUUGGUGGUGGAGGCAAGAACAGACAUGAUGUCCCGCAGAAAGAAGAAGACAUUGUAUGCCAUUUUCCCUACAUUUGGAAAGUACUUUCUUACCAUAUGCUAAAUAUGUUUUCUUGAUAGGCGUUUUGGAUUAGUAGGUCUCUACAAAGGCCUUGAAGCAAAGCUGCUCCAAACAGUCCUCACUGCUGCACUGAUGUUCCUGGUCUAUGAAAAAAUUACUGCUGCUACUUUCACAGUCAUGGGAUUAAAACGUUCACUUAGGAACUGA